UAUUACUUUUUCUAAACCAUUAUUUUGUUUUAAAUAUCGAAAGGAAGAAAAAAAAAAUUUGUAGAAGAACGGAUGGCGAAAACAUGGGUAGCUGUGGUGUUAUCCGUGAUGCUACUUGUUUCCAUAAACUUGGUGGCGAUUUAUGCUGAGGAGGAACAGCCUACGAUUGGGACGAGGAUAGACUCCGCCGUGACGGGCGUAGCCAAUGCAUUCAAUGAACACGGUGGCCCCGAGGCCGUCGAAACCGUAUCUUCCACCGCAAAGUCCGUUUACGGAUGGUUUGGUGAUAAAGCCAAGUAUGCUAGGUACUUAAGUUAA